AUGGCGCAGCAGACCAUCGACGCCCACCGUGAGGGAGCGGAGAUCUACGUGGGGGACGAGCUAUGCCGGCAGAAGUCGAUUGAGCUGCUGGAGGAGCUCCACCUCCCAAGGGGGCUGCUCCCCAUCGAGAACGUCGAGGAGGUAGGCUACAACCGGCAGACGGGCUUCGUGUGGCUCCGCCAGAAGAAGGCCCUCACCCACACUUUCCGCAAGGUCAACCGCCUCGUCUCCUACGCCUCCGACAUUACGGCCUUCGUGGAGGACCGCCGGAUGAAGCGCCUGACUGGAGUCAAGUCCAAGGAGAUCCUCAUCUGGAUCACGCUCAGCGAGUUCUUCCUCGACCCCAACGACCACUCCAGGAUCACCUUCAAGACCCCCGCAGGCCUCUAUAGGUCUUUCCCGGCCUCGGCCUUCGAGCUCGACGACGGCAAGAAGCCCGCCGCGGCGCCGGCGGGGGCCGCCGCGGCCCCGGAGGUCGCCGCCGUGGCCGCAGAGGGAAAAUAA